GCCAAGCAAACUGUUUCUACUCCUCUACGGUUAAACGCGCCUCAACUCUCGCGAAGAGAUAAUGAAUGCCGAUUUGUAUCAGCGUAUUAGUGCCACUCGUUCUCUUCUACUCAUGGUUGGUUUAUGGCCUUAUUAUCAAUCAAAGUUCACUCAAAUUCAACGACUGUUAAUCUUUAGUAUUUUAUCGAGCUUUAUUGCAUUUCAGUUUACAACGGUUGUGACUGCAGAAUGCACUCCUUACUUCAUGAUUAAACUUUUUUCUUCAGUGUUAAUUUUUAUUGUCUGCUUAUUAAUGUAUAGCUCCUUCUGGUUUCAUAUCUCGAAUGUAAAGUAUAUACUGGAAAAAAUUCAAUAUAUUUGUUACUACCUCAAAGAUGAAAACGAAAUCUCUAUUAUUAACAAAUACGCGUCCAGCGCAGAACGUAACUCAACUAGAAUUAUACUAGUUGGAAUUAUAUUUCUUGUUCUUGUUCAUCCAAUGUGGCCGCACCUCCUUGAGCGUUUUUUACUCAUAAAUGACACUACUUCCUAUCGUACAAUGUUGAUUGCGACUGAGUAUUUUAUUGACCAAGAAAAAUAUUUAUAUUUCAUAAUGCUGCAUAUGUAUGCAGCCUGUUGUAUAUGUGUGAUAUCGACGGCGGGGACUGGCACGAUUUUUGUAAUAUGUUUCAAACAUGCUUGUGGAAUGUUGCAAAUUGCUAGUUACCGUAUUAGGCUAGCAAUGCAGACCGAUAAUCGACAAAAGAUUAAGCAGAGUUGUCAAUUUAUAAACCAGCGAAUCACGAUGUAUAAGGGCAUUCUUUUCGCCAUUGAUAUUCAUCGGGAAACCUUAAAUUUUUGCGAGUUCAUUUCAUCCGCGUUUAAAUUUACAAUAUGUUUCUCGGCAAUACUCGGUGUGAUAUGUUUGAGCUUCAAUAUGUUUCAAGUUUUUCAGGUUGUUACAUUCGGUGGUAAGGUCGAGGAAUUCUUCUUGCAUUUAGCGUGCAUAAUUCCCAUUCUUGUAUACAUGUUCAUUAUUAAUUACUUAGGUCAAGAAAUUACAGAUCACAAUGACAAUGUAUUUCUCAGCACGUACAAUGUUUGUUGGUACAUAGCACCACUCAGUAUACAAAAAUUGAUAUUAUUGCUAUUGCAAAGAGGCAAUAAACCGUACACCUUGUCUGCUGCUGGAUUAUAA